UAAUAGCAAAAGUUAGUUUUGCUAGACACUCGAAUACACGGCAGCGUUGAUUUCAAAGUUAAACAGGUUCAAUAUAUUAAUACAAGAUGGUCAAGGAAACCGGAUACUACGAUUUGCUUGGCGUGAAGCCGAACGCAACUCCCGACGAGCUCAAGAAGGCCUACAGGAAGCUGGCACUCAAGUACCAUCCCGACAAGAACCCCAAUGAGGGGGAGAAGUUCAAAGCCAUCUCGCAAGCCUACGAGGUGCUGUCCGACGUGGACAAGCGACAGGUGUACGAUGACGGCGGCGAGGCGGCUAUCAAGAAGGGCGGUGCCGACUCUGGCGACUUCCGCAACCCCAUGGACUUCUUUGAGAAGUUCUUCGGAGCCGGAUUCGGUGGCGGCGGCGGUGGCGGACGACGUCGCGAGCGUCGCGGCAAGGAUGUGGUGCACCAGAUGUCGGUGCAGCUCGACGAGCUGUACAACGGCGCCACGCGCAAGCUUCAGCUGCAGAAGAACGUGAUUUGUGACAAGUGCGAGGGCCGUGGUGGAAAGAAGGGCAGCAUCGAGAAGUGCGCCAACUGCCGGGGCAACGGCGUUGAGGCGCGCGUCCAACAGAUUGCACCUGGCAUCAUGCAACACAUCGAGCAGGUGUGCCGGAAGUGCUCUGGCACCGGCGAGGUCAUACAGGAGAAGGAUCGCUGCAAAAACUGUAACGGUCGGAAGACGGUGCGCGAGCGCAAGGUGCUGGAAGUGCACAUCGAAAAGGGAAUGCGUGAUGGUCAGAAGAUCGUAUUCACAGGGGAGGGUGACCACGAACCGGAUUCUCAGCCGGGUGAUAUCAUUAUACUGUUAGACGAGAAAGAGCAUUCACUCUUUGCACAUGCUGGCCAGGAUCUCAUGAUGAAGAUGCCGCUGCAGCUGGUAGAGGCGUUGUGCGGCUUCCAGCGCCUGGUCAAGACUCUGGACGGCCGUGAUCUGGUCGUGGCCACGCAGCCCGGUGAAGUUAUUCGCCACGAAUCGACCAAAUGCAUCGCGGAGGAGGGCAUGCCCAUAUUUAAGAAUCCAAUGGAGAAAGGAAUGCUAAUCAUUCAAUUCGAGGUGAUUUUCCCCGACGUGAUCAACCCGUCUGUGGUACCGACGCUCAAGCAAUGCCUGCCACCGGCCCCAGAGAUCAGCAUUCCAUUCGAAGCAGAGCAGACUGUUUUGGAGGACUUUGAUCCCAAGCAACGCCGCCAGCAACACCAGCGCAUGGCCUAUGACGAGGACGAUGGCGGCUAUCAGGAUGGCCCCCGAGUCCAACAGUGCACAUCAAGCUAAGCGGUUAUACAUACUUACUAGUACCCCAGACACACCCCAAGCCCAACAAAUCCAUACGGCGUGCCAGCGCUGUACCCACACUGUAGCACACUGAGCUUGCAAUGGCCGAAGACCAGCCACACAGACCCAGUUGCGUGUUGCAUUGUACUACUCCAAACACCACACUCUACACUACACUACACAACAAGAAACCAACCAAUCCAGAAACUAAAGUUAUUUCAUCUGUCCACGAGAUAUGCAAAGCUACGAUAACGAUAUUUAAAUCAAUGGAAACUUAUCAGAUGUGCACUAUGGCUAUAACGCGUGGUUGUUCGAAAACUAACCAGAAUAUAUCUUCUCAAUACGUUUAUGUUGAGUUAAGAUUGUUGUCUAUGAACCCCAAACUGAAACUGAAAACGCUAACAACAAAUCAGUCGCCACUAGAACCGUAUCUAAGAAACAACGUCUAGCAACAAGUUUAAGUUAUUUAAUUCCAGCAUAAAUAAAAGCGUUAGUUUAAACGGAUAUAACAAAUAAA